AUGUCUGCGACACUGCCCAUGGACUUGCCCUGCUGCUGCCUGCUACAUAUGCAGGGCAGCUGGGUAGAGUUCUUGGUCAUCGAGAAACUGAAGGAUCAUCACUGGCUUUGCGUUGACGUCGACUGGUGUUUCAAAGAGCUGGGCUACUUUGAGUCAGCAGCUGCGCAAGCCUCUGGACAUCAGAAGUGCCGUUUCGGCAAGCUCGAUGAUGCCCAGCGCUUCAGCGACAGCGACUUGCAGUCGGAGCAAGUUUUGUGCUUCUUCCUGCGGACCAAUGCGAAAGGAGAGCCGCUCCCCAGCCUGCGGGAAGGUGAAUGGCUCGAGUCGAGUCCUUUUCAUUUCGAGGGCCAGAGCCUGGAGCCCGAGUAUCCUAGGGGCGAAGGGCGCGGACUGCUGCAUCCGACGCACCUCGAGGCCCUCCGAAAGAUUACACGCGAGCUGCGGCCAUGUAUUCGCGGCCCCCAGGACUUUCUGCAAGAGGGCUUGCAGCUCUGGGUGCGUCUGGUGUCGUUGCUGUCGAUGGAUUCAUCCGCCAGAAACGGCAGGCGAAGGCCCAGGGCAAGUGGCAAGAGUGGCCAAGGUUACAAGGGAGGCAAGGGUGGCAAGGGUGACAAGCGCCAAGCGAGAGGCUUUAAGGGCGGCUCUGCCAGUUUUUUCUUUUACGACUCUGAGGACUCUGAGGAGCCGUCUGACGCGCAGGAUCGCUCUGAGGAUCCGGAAAGGAGGGAAGGCUUUGAGAAGGUGUUGCGGUGCUGCUGGGAGCUCCUGCGCCCUGAUGCUCAGAAGCAUUUCCUGAGCGAGGCAAACAACUUUGUGGCCGGCAUUCUUCAGAAAAGCCUGCAAAGGGACCUCGAGGAGGACCCGGGACGGAGUGUGGAGGACAGGCUGAGUGACAAGCUGACACAGCUUGCGGCUGGCAUCCGGGGGGGUCAGAGGGCACACUGCGGAGAUCACCUGCAUGGUUCGGUGUUGAUCCUCUUGAACUAUGAGAACAGUGUCCUGAUGUCUCCUGGGACUUUCAAUCCCGAGAAGGAUGGAGCCGACAAGAACCUUGAGAGAGUCGCCCACUCCUUCUAUCAUCGCGAAGCCCUUCGGUUCUUCACGACCGUCCCGGUGCCUAGCGUAGGGCAAUGUCAGGCUCUGCAGCGCUGGAAGGAUGCGCUCGGAUCACUCGGGCCGCAGAGCGCAAGUUCGAGUGACGUCCACAACAUGUCGAGCUCGACAACGUCGACAGCCAUGAGCGGACUGUUCAUGCUGUCGGGCACUCUGCUGUGUUUCGUGGCUGGCUUCCUUCUUGAAGGUUGGACUGACUUUGCGAGAUUGGCUCCGUGCUGCCGUCGUUUGUGCAGCAUUGCUUGGAACGGAGAGAGCUGGAAGGCUGUGCCAGUCUUGGGUCGCGAGUCACUCGAUUCCUCGAAACAGCGGCACCAUUUUGGGCCACCAAGACCUCUCAUGGAUGGACAGAACUGCCUGAGUCGGAGAGUCGUCGGCUUACUUCUACUGGCACUGCGAACAUUUUCUGCGCGGCCGAUGUACUUGGAUCGGGAGAUCCACAGCCCAGAAAGCGCUCGGCUGCGGAGCUUGGUGAUCAGCUUUGACCUGCCCGGGCUGCGGCCUCGUUUGGAUUUCAGUCGAGAGCGGCAGGACUUAGCUGGCAUGCAUCCAAGGCGGGAGGAGCUGGAAAUCGUGAGCACUGCGCGCACUAGCAAUGCACUCUCGCAACAGCUCCUAAUGCCCCGCAGCCUGGGCUUCGGGCUUUGCUCGAGAUUUCAGGGUAUCUACGCAGAGCUGGAGCUUCGCUUCGAUCGCCAGGACCUAGAAGCCUAUAAGAUCUUGAGUAUGGCUCUGGUCAGUUCAAAAAGUGGUGGCAUCCCAGUCAGCAUCAUCAACACCCUUCAUUCCGACCUCUUCGCCUGGAAGCUCAUGCUGGUGGGCAAGGGGCCGCUUUUGGAGGAGAACUCUCCGACCGAGCAAGGCCGUCCGAUGUUUGAGCCAGGGGCAUAUUUCCAAUUGAGUGGAGGUGGGCCACAUGCUGAGAUCCGACUUCCUUGGGAGCCUCAGCAGUUGCAAAGCGGUGAUCGUCUGGGCUUCAUGGCAGUGGAGGAGUCUGGGAAUGGAAGUGGCGAGCUCGAGAUAGACAUGCUGUCCUCCGGCCUGGCACUUGUGCACAACGGCGAGAUUGCCGCGGCCAAGUGGGUGCCACCCCUUCGGGCUGGCAGGUCUGGAAAGCCGCUCCUGAGUGUGAAUGCACCGAUCUAUGGCGACGGGAUGGCAGGAAUGCAGCUGAUUGUGGAGCAGUACUUCGGGGCCAGAGGAGGAGAUGCUUCCUUACACUUGAAUGCGGCAUCUCCCUCGCUUGAGUCUUUCUUUAAGAUGGCCGGCCCGGGGCCCAACACGGGCGCCUGA